CAGUUGAAGUUGUAGAAGAAGAAGACGGGGCGGUCUUGUUUUUGUCAGCUGCCACACGCAGCUCUUCUGCUGUGAAGAUGCGCAUCGAAAAGUGCUACUUCUGCUCGGGACCAGUGUACCCCGGACACGGGGUGAUGUUCGUACGGAACGACUGUAAGACAUUCAGGUUCUGCAAAUCAAAAUGCCACAAGAACUUCAAGAAGAAGCGAAACCCAAGAAAAACCAGAUGGACCAAGGCAUUCAGAAAGGCAUCAGGAAAGGAGCUGACAGUGGAUAACGCAUUGGAGUUUGAGAAACGCAGAAAUAUCCCUGUUAAAUACAACAGGCAGCUGUGGGACAAGACAGUUGAAGCAAUGAAGAGGGUGGAGGAAAUCAAACUGAAACGACAGGCAAGAUUUAUCAUGAACAGAUUAAAGAAGGGCAAAGAGUUGGAGAAAGAAGAGGCCAUCAACGAAGUGAAGAAAAACAUUCAUCUUAUCAAGGCGCCACAUGCAGGGAAGGCCAAACAAAUGGAAGACAAAAUGGUGCAGAAGUUACAAGAAGAUGUGGAAAUGGGGGAUGAAGAUAAUUAAUGUCAUCCCCGAGGGGUUCAAUUUGUAUCAUAAAACUCAAGUCCAAGUUGGCCUCGUAUUAUAUUGUUCUUGUGUUUGGAAUUAAAAUUUCCAAAUGACAGACGAUGGACACAGUGAUGCAUUCAGCUCAAAAUGCCUGUGAAAGGACUGGAUGCAUUAACAGAGGCCUUCCUUCAAAGCCGCAGCAAUUUAAAUGCAUUUCUCCCUCCCCACCCUUUUUUUUUUUUUUUAAAAUUACUAUUACUGUGUGGUAGUUGGGACUGUAAAGCAUUUAUCCUGUUGCAAAGUAUAAUGUAUUACAAUAAUGCAGAACUUGUUAAGAGGUAAUAAAGACUCUUUUGGGAAUUAA